AUGGCUCUUUCUGCAGUAAACCAGUUUCUUUCGUUAUAUCACGUUGCCCUCCCGUUUGAUUCACAAAUUUCCUACUCCAUCACAAUAGUUAUAGAAAAGGAAAACGUCAAUGGUUUACAUGCGGAUGGGCUGAAAUUGAGUGAUUUAUAUUGGAAAGGCAUCAAUGCAUCGAAAUAUGUUUGGACAGUGAUAAAUCUGCCAGAUCUAAGCAAGGUUGCAAUAUAUCACACUUCUUCCUUGGUAAAGUUCGGUCUCAUUGUAUUUGGAUGGAACUAUAAAUCUUCAUUUGGUUACCCUGGUGGCUAUGAUUUAAACCCUCUAUCACAUGGCCCAUCGCCAGAUGAAUCUGGAGUGUACACUAUAAAAAUCGAGGCUGUUGAUAUUGGCAUUGUUGGUGAAGCUGCUUACUAUUACAAUGUAACAAUACAGAGUGAAGUUACCGAGGAAACUAUUACCCCUGAAGCUAAGAAGUCUCAGCAAUAUGCCUGCUAUUGCAGGAGGAUCAGCCGGAACCGUCACAUUCGUUGGUCUUGCAUACCGCUGCCAGGCGAAAUUUCCUACAUUACGAUCUUAAAAGACUGGGAAAUCUGCCCAGACCGUUUGCAGAUUUUGGACGAGACACUUGGAUCAGGACAAUUUGGCAUCGUAAAGCAAGGGUUAUACACGUCUCUUCUGGAAGAAGGACAAAAAAAGGUUGCUGUCAAAAUGUUAAAAGAAAACGCCACGGAACUUGAUCUAUCAGAUCUGAUAACUGAGUUAGAAACCUUGAAAAGAAUUAACAAAGACCUACACCCAAAUAUUGUAAGAUUGAUCGGAUGUUGUUUUUCGAAAGGGAAACUAAUGGUUGUAACAGAGUACUGCUCUCCAGGUAAUCUACAAACCUUUCUCAGAAAAAGUAAAGUCGGUGACAACUCCAUUACACCUGACUUGCGAAAUGUUCAAAUAAUAUCGACUGUAAGUGGUCGUGAACUAUUAAAAAUGUGUAUGGAUGUAGCAAGUGGAAUGGUGCAUCUUUCCGAUCUAAAGUUCGUUCAUCGUGAUUUGGCUGCAAGAAAUAUUCUCCUUAGCUGUGAUGUGGCAAAAAUUUCAGACUUCGGGCUGACAAGGGAUAUUGCUAAUGUUGAGGAAUACAUACGAACAAACCAGGAUUUAUUACCUAUUAAAUGGAUGGCUUUGGAAAGUUUACUUUAUGGUCGCUUCACAACAGCUAGUGAUGUAUGGAGUUUUGGCGUUUUUCUCCAUGAAUUGGUAACCUUAGGUGGGGAACCAUACAGCGAGAUAUCUCCGAUUGAAAUGCGAAAUCACAUCAAUUCUGGUUGCCGACUGUCGAAACCAUUUAAUUGCUCAAAUGAAAUAUAUGAAAUAAUGAUGAACUGUUGGAGCGAUGAUGAAAAAAAGCGACCAAAUUUCUCGGAAAUACGGCAAUAUCUUCAUGACAUGUUAACUGAUAACCAAAAAUCGUAUAUCAGUUUGCAUCAAGUAAAGGGCGAAGACUUUCGAAGAGAGAUUAAUAUCUAA